GGUGAUGGGGUAGAAAAGGUAAGAAUGUUUCAAUUGGAGGAUUCGAACAAGGAGAUUUGUGAUUUUCAUGCCGUUGCUGCCUUCAGACUCUCACUCAAUUCAGUCGACUGCUGAUUCUGUGUAAUUACUGACCAUUUUUUUUUCCGUCCUCGUGAUCGAAACAUGGUCCCGCACGCCAACACCGAGUUUCCGGCCGAGAAUGGCGAGAAUUGCCAGGCAAAUGGCGAGGACUACACCAUCCCGGACAUGUACUUGGGAUAUCGUCGACCCAUCCGAAUUCUCGUCAUUGGCUUUGGUGUCUCUGGCAUCAACGUUGCACGGGUGCUCGGCCAGACAAUCAAGAACAGCAACAUCGCUUUGCAGAUCUACGAGAAGAAUGCAGAGCUUGGGGGGACUUGGUUCGAGAACAUAUAUCCGGGUUGCGCCUGUGACAUUCCUGCUGUUAACUAUCAGUUCUCCUGGCAUCCAAAGACAGACUGGACAAGCUAUUAUGCCACCGGCUCGGAGAUUCUGGGCUAUCUCAAUGAUGUAGUUUCUCACUACAAUCUUGACUCAUUUGUGAAGCUAAAUCACCGAGUCGUCGGGGCCUGGUGGAACGACGACAAAGGGCAAUGGUCCGUCAAGAUACAGCGCGGGGACGACCCCAACGACACGUUCUAUGAUCACGGAGAGAUUCUGAUCAACGCCACGGGUGUACUAAACCACUGGAAGUGGCCAACAAUCCCUGGCCUCGAAAAAUUCAAAAACCGAGUGCACACGGCCGCUUGGGACAGGUCAGUCGAUCUUGCUGGCAAAACUGUCGGUGUCAUUGGCAACGGGAGCAGUGCCGUCCAGGUCAUCCCUGCCAUCUAUGAUGACGUCAAAGACAUCAAGUGCUUCAUCCGGUCGAGAGCUUGGGUUACUUCAGGGUUUGCCUCGACCUUUGCAGGGGAGAAUGGUGCAAACAUCGACUACACCGAAGAACAGAAAAAGGAAUUUGCCGAGAAACCAGAGGAGUAUCUGAAAUACAGGAAAGCAGUCGAAAAGGAGAUAAACCAAAACUUUGCCAUGAUGAUCAAAGGAACACCUGAGCAGCUCGAGGCCGAAAAGUUCUCCCGAUCUGACAUGAUCAGACGCCUCGAACGCAAGCCAGAACUGGCCGAGAAGCUCAUCCCCAUUGACUUUGCCGUCGGCUGCCGUCGUCCCACCCCCGGCAACGGGUACCUAGAAUGCAUCUCCUCCGACAAAUGUACGGUGACCUUCUCCGGCAUCACAGAGAUCACCGAAGACGGGGUCGUCACAGAGGACGGCGAACUCCACAAGCUCGACGUUCUCAUCUGUGCCACGGGGUUUGAUGUUUCCUUCCGGCCGCGCUACCCUAUCGUCGGAUCCAACGGGGUGGACAUGCGUGACGAAUUCCGAGAGUCGCCCGAGACGUACAUUAGUGUCAUGGCGCCAAACUUUCCGAACUAUUUCAUGAUCCUCGGCCCCUUCGGACCCUACGGCCACGGCUCCGUCAUUCCCGCCGUGGAGGCGAUUACGCGGCAUCUGGAUGUGGUAAUCCGCAAGUUGCAGCGCGAGGGAAUCCGGUCGCUGGUGCCGAAGGAGGAGGCUGUCGCGGAAUUCCGAAGGCAUCGCGAGUUGUUCCUCAAGAGGACAGUGUGGAACGCGCCGUGUCGGUCAUGGUUCAAGAUAGGCGGACCGGAUGGUCCCAUCAUGAUGUGGCCUGGGACAAGGCUGCACUUCUUUGAUGUGCUGUUGAAUCCGAGAUGGGAGGACUAUGAGUGGAAAUACGUGGCGGCGAAUAGGUAUGCGUAUUUGGGGAAUGGUUUUACGGAGGCGGAUGUGGGAGGGGAGGGAACGGACGUAGCAUGGUAUAUCGAUGGGAUAUGAUAGAGGAAUGUCCCGCCGUUUGUUGAUCGCUGCCUGAAUCCAUAUCGUGUUGUGUAUUCGUGGGCACAUUUCGUUCCGUUUGGAUGAAGUCAUGAUAAACUGCGUGCUAGAACGAGAGCUAGGAUAUUCAUACAAUCAUUUGAGUUAUUGGUCUUAGAUAUACAUCAUCAUCA